GCUCCGGCGUUGGGGUCAGGGAAUUUGGAUAACAAGCGGCAUUCUGCGUUGGAUGGCGCCAACCGGUGUUCCUACGUGCCAGUGCUGGCGGUGGCUUUACUGCCCUAACUUGGAUCCGCCUCGGUGGUUCUGAAUCUUUGGAGCGAGGGCUUGUACUCAGAGGUCAAACCAAGAAUUAGGUUUUUUUAAGGAGGUUCAGGCAUUAUAGGCAUGCCUCAUACAUAGGUAAUUCAGGAAUCCUUUUUCUGUGGUAUGCCAUUCAUAAGAGAUUUGCUUUGCUUAUAUGCAUGCUUAGUGUUGCUAAGAUUUCGUGCUUUCCUUUUCCAGGAUUGAUUUUUUUACUCGAUUUAUGUGUGAGUAAAGUCAUUUUCCAUGAAUUCUGGUUCUUGUACAGACUUAUUUCUAUUUCUAGAGUAUUAGUCCUUCGGAGAUAUCUUCUGUAAAAUUUCCGCAAAUUUUCACGCUAUGUUUAAAACAUUCUGGAAAAUUGAUCUUGCCAUCAGUGUUUGAAGCGGUGUGGCUAAGGUGGAAAGGUGUACCAUCUCCAACCUGCACCUUAAGCACCUUAGGCGGGGCAGUGUUGCAAAUGCGCACUUUUUUGUGCCUUCCUGCUGGGUACAAAGAAGUUUUGGUGGACCUGCCCAGUUGUAUAAGUCUGCUUAAAGAAAAAAGAACAAAAGUAGAAAAAGAAGCUGGAAAACCUAAAUCAGAUUCGGACCAUAUUCUUUCUGGAAACAGGCACCUAAAACUGGCUUUGUAUCCUUCUCCUGAUUUUAUGGACCUUAAACCUCUCCAAUCUAAAUUAUAAACAGUCUCAUUAAAGUUCAUCUUAAUUGGAAUUUUUAAUUUUUCUAUUUUUAUGUAUUUUGACAUGUUUAUGUUAAUUUUCCUGGAGCUUUGAUGUAAUAUCCACCUUAUAUAUCUAUUUGUUAUCUUUUAGGUUUUUUUUCCUCUGUACUUUUGUGCCUUGUGUUAGUGAGCACCUGUGAGUUGGUGUUGAGCCUAGUCUUCAACACCCCUUGGUGUCUAGUUGUGCCUGGCUAUUUGUUGUUCAUUGCCAUUGUGGUACCGUUUUCUAUUUAUGUUUUCCCUAGCAGUUUGUUUAUCAUGUAUGAGCGUUUUGAUUCUGUCAUAACAUAGCUUUUUGAUACUCAAGCUUUUGAUUCUCUCUCAUGACGAGAAAUUAAUAUGUAUUAAUUAGCAUCACCAUUCUAUGUUGUUCAGUCAGCCCAGAGAGUAAGCAAUUUUCCAUUAUAUUGCCUGAUCACAGGAUUCACGUUUUUUGGGGCAAUUGAGACAACCUCAAGAGUUGUGGAGUGGGAAAUGGAUGGAGAAGACAGAGGAAGAGGUAAGAAUAUCCUUCCACGGCACUGGUAAGGUGAGAUACUGAAAUUAUUUUGCUUUAGAUAUGUAUUGAAUAGCCAGUGUUGAUGCCCCUUUGUCAAGUUUUUUCUUAAAUGAAUUGAUGCAAACUUAUUCAUAUGUUUCUCAGAGAAAUGCCUCAUAUGUUUUAACCUCCCUAGGAUGAGUAUCUACAUCAGUUGCUUGUACAUAUGCAAUUAGAGGUGUAAGUAAACUCCCUUUUUUACCCUUGUGGUUAUGUGAUUCAAUUAUAGCAUCAGAAGUAAAUCUUGUUUGUUUAAUCUUCCUUCUCUGUUGAUGCUAAUAUUUGUGGUAUGGUUUUUGUUUUAAUUAUAAUUGUUUAUAGACAAUGAUUGAGAAAUUACUUUUGAUGCUCCGUGAUCUUGAUUUUCACUCUCUACUACCCUUAAAUUGGCAAGUUAAGUUUGUUGUUUAAUAACUUAU